CGGGAGCCGUGGGAAGGACGCCGGGACACCCCGGGAGCCGGGAAAUGGACUUGGUGGCAUUUGAGGAUGUGGCUGUGAACUUCACCCAGGAGGAGUGGGCUCUGCUGGAUCAUUCUCAGAAGAAACUCUACAGAGAUGUGAUGCAGGAAACCUUCAUUAACUUGGCCUCUAUAGGGAAAAAAUGGGAGGACCAGAACAUUGAAGAUCAGUACAAAAACCAGGGGAGAAAUCUAAGAAGUCAUACAGCAGAGAGACUUUGUGAAAGAAAAGAAGGUAGUCAAUUUGAAGAAACCUUCAGUCAGACUCUGAAUCUUAAACUGAAAAAGAAAACUCUUACUGGAGUAAAACCAUAUGAAUGCAGUGUGUGUGGAAAAGUGUAUAUGUGCCAUUCAUCUCUUAAGAGGCACAUGAGAUCUCAUACUGAACACAGACCAUAUGGAUAUCACAAAUAUGGAGAGAAGUCAUAUGAAUGUAAGGAAUGUGGGAAAAGAUUCAACUUUCGAAGCUCAUUUCGAAUACACGAACGAACUCACACUGGAGAGAAACCCUAUAAAUGUAAGCAAUGUGGUAAAGCUUUCAGUUGGCCCAGUUCCUUUCAAAUACAUGAAAGAACUCAUACUGGAGAGAAACCCUAUGAAUGUAAGGAAUGUGGAAAAGCCUUCAUUUAUCAUACAACUUUUCGAGGACACAUGAGGAUGCACACGGGAGAGAAACCUUAUAAAUGUAAAGAAUGUGGGAAAACCUUCAGUCAUCCCAGUUCCUUUCGAAACCAUGAAAGAACUCACUCUGGAGAGAAACCCUAUGAAUGUAAACAAUGUGGGAAAGCUUUCAGGUAUUACCAAACUUUUCAAAUACAUGAAAGGACGCACACUGGAGAAAAACCCUAUCAAUGUAAGCAGUGUGGUAAAGCGCUCAGUUGUCCCACAUCCUUUCGAAGUCAUGAAAGGAUUCACACUGGGGAAAAACCCUAUAAAUGUAAAAAAUGUGGAAAAGCCUUUAGUUUUCCCAGUUCCUUUCGAAAACAUGAGAGAAUUCAUACAGGAGAGAAACCCUAUGAUUGUAAGGAAUGUGGGAAAGCCUUCAUUUCUCUUCCUAGCUUUCGAAGACACAUGAUAAUGCACACUGGAAAUGGACCUUAUAAAUGUAAGGAAUGUGGGAAAGCCUUUGAUUGUCCGAGUUCUUUUCAAAUCCAUGAAAGAACUCACACGGGGGAGAAACCCUAUCAAUGUAAACAGUGUGGUAAAGCCUUCAGUUGUUCUAGUUCCUUUAGAAUGCAUGAAAGGACUCACACCGGAGAGAAACCCCAUGAAUGUAAACAAUGUGGUAAAGCCUUCAGUUGUUCUAGUUCUGUUCGAAUACAUGAAAGGACCCACACUGGGGAGAAACCCUAUGAGUGUAAGCAAUGUGGCAAAGCCUUCAGUUGUUCCAGUUCCUUUCGAAUGCAUGAAAGAAUUCACACAGGGGAGAAACCCUAUGAGUGUAAACAGUGUGGUAAGGCUUUCAGUUUUUCCAGUUCAUUUCGAAUGCAUGAAAGGACCCACACAGGAGAGAAACCCUAUGAAUGUAAGCAAUGUGGUAAGGCCUUCAGUUGUUCUAGUUCCUUUAGAAUGCAUGAAAGGACUCACACUGGAGAGAAACCCUAUGAAUGUAAACAAUGUGGUAAGGCCUUCAGUUGUUCCAGUUCCAUUCGAAUACAUGAAAGGACUCACACUGGAGAGAAACCUUAUGAAUGUAAACAAUGUGGUAAAGCUUUUAGUUGUUCCAGUUCUGUUCGAAUGCAUGAAAGGACUCACAGUGGAGAGAAACCCUAUGAAUGUAAACAAUGUGAUAAAGCCUUCAGUUGCUCCCGCUCCUUUCGAAUCCAUGAAAGGACUCACACUGGAGAGAAACCCUAUGAAUGUCAGCAAUGUGGGAAAGCCUUUAAGUGUUCCCGUUCCUUUCGGAUACAUGAAAGAACUCAUACUGGAGAGUAACACUACGAAUGUAAACAAUGUGGGAGAGCUUUAAAUUGUCCCAUUACCUUU